UUCUCUUCUCUUUCUGGGGUACGAAGGGUGGGUGGAGGGCUGAGGGGGUCCCUGUCUUUGCUUGGGUGGGGUGCUGGCCGGCGGGACGCAUCUUUGCCGGCGUGGGAUGGUGAUGCCAGGAGGAGGAUGGAGGAGAGCAGAUCGCCCUCCCCGGUGCCGCCGAGCCCCCCUUUUCCCCAGGCUGGGGCACCCCAUGAGCCGGGUGGCGAGAGGCUCCCCAUCCAGGCGGCAAGAGGGUCCCCAUCCGGAAUGGCAGCGGCUGCCCCACGUCCCCCCGCUCUCUCCUGCAGGACGGAGGAUGUCCUCGAUGUUCGGCAAACCCCGAGCUGGCGGCGAGCGGCCACCCCAGAGCCCCCUCGCCGAGUGCAACGUGGCCAUCCUGGGGUGCCAAGGGGCCGGCAAGUCAGCCCUGACCGUGAAGUUUCUAACCAAGAGGUUCAUAAGCGAGUAUGAUCCGAACUUGGAGGAUACCUAUGCCUCGGAGGAGCUGGUGGACCAGCAGCCUGUGCUGCUGAAGGUGAUGGACACCGCCGACCAGGACGGCCCCGGGAACUGCGAGCGCUACCUGCGCUGGGCCAGCGCCUUCCUUGUCGUCUACAGCAUCGACGAUAGGAAGAGCUUCGAGGGCUGCCAGCGCUACCUGGAGGUCCUCGCCCUGCACGCGAGGGGCUGCCAGCGCCGCUGCCCCGUGCUCCUGCUGGGCAACAAGCUGGACAUGGAGCAGUACAGGCAGGUGCCCGCAGCCGAAGGGAUGUCCCUGGCGAGCAGGUUCAGGUGCCUCUUCUAUGAAGUGUCGGCGUGCCAGGACUUCGCGGGGGUGCAGCAUGUCUUCCACGAAGCGGUGCGGGAGGUGCGGCGCCAGGCGGAGCAGAGCCUGCCUGUCCAGCCGCUCUUCAUCACCGAGGAGCGUCCCUGCCCGCCGGUGGCCACGCCGGUCGCCCUGCCCGCCCGCCACGGCUUGGCCAGCUGCACCUUCAACACCCUCUCCACCGUCAACUACAAGGAGAUCCCCUCGGUGGCCCAGGCCAAGCUGGUCACUGUCAAGUCCUCGCGGGCUCAGAGCAAGAGGAAAGCUCCCACGCUCACCUUGCUGAAAGGUUUCAAGAUAUUUUAGGACGCGUCCCUGCGGGCUGCGGAGGGGGCAGCGAGAGACCCCCGUCCCCCCAGCUCCGCAGGGGCUGAGACCAUCUGCGACGGACUCACCGGCACGGCAUGGCAGCAGCCGCUGCCUGAUGGUGGCCCUGGUCUCCGGCAUUUGCACCCUGUCCUGCUGCCAGCACCGGGGGCCAGCCCGGCUUUCCGUGUGGAUCUGGGCAGUUCCUGGAGCAGCGGGGACCACCGGGAGGGCGAGGGCCACCCCCAGCUUGGGCGAUCGCACAGCGAUGGGAGCCCAGGGAGGGGGAAUUAAUCAUUAAUCAAGCAUGGAGGCACCCGUCUCAUUUGUCUCACGGGUCCCCUGACUGAGCAAUAAAUAGGAGGAAUUUUUAUUUUUUUUUAAUCUGAACAAGAAAGGUGACUUUCUUGGUUUCAGCUGACUAAAGGCCUCAGGUGUCCUAAAACUGAUUCCCAUGCAUCGAAAUAAUUCAUACCAAAACAGCUGGGUUUUUAACUGACUUCUUACACCAUAGUGUUCUUUUUCAAAGGCUUUGCAAGGAGAGAUGCUUCACUGACAAGGACACACUCUGAAAAGCCUUUGUUUAAAUGACUGAUGUAUUUCCAAAAAUGUCUUAAAUGAUGUCAUGACUUCUACACAUGCCUGGUGCAGGGCGUGAAGUGAAUCCCAAGGCAGACCAGGCUCUACCUGUGCCCAAGCCAGGGCCAAGGGCUGCACAUUCCGUUUCAUUUGCUGUAUCAGGUGAAAUGUUCUGCUUCUCCCUGGAGUCGCAGUUACUCUGCAGAGUAAAAUAUCCACGUGUAUAUUUGUACAUAUAUACAUAUAUAUAUAUAUAUGACCUUACUGAUAGAGAGAUUCAAGAUGGGAUUUCAAUCAGCUGCUUUGGAAAGUAUUUUAAUAAAGACAAUUUCUGAAAAGAACAAAA